AUGGGGAGAGCGUGGGCUGCAAUGGAGCAGUUCAAGGUGCAGCAACAGCUGAUCCGAUUGAAUACGCCUGUCAAAAGCAUCAAGAGCCCGGAUGGGGAUAUCAUAGACUGUGUCCAUAUCUCUCAUCAGCCAGCCUUCGAUCAUCCUUCGCUCAACAACCAUACUAUCCAGAUGAGACCAAGUUUCCACCCAUUAGGCCGAUACGAUGAGAAUAGGGAGGCAUCAAAGAUGGAAACUAGCUCCAUACCUCAACUUUGGCAUCAAAAUGGGAGGUGCCCCAAGGACACCAUCCCUAUUAGAAGAACUAAGAAGGGUGAUAUGCUGAGGUCCAGCUUUAUCGAAAGAUAUGGAAAGAAGAGGCAUAGGACAAUCCCAAAUCCAACUUCUAUAGAACCCAACUGGAAUAGCAUUGGACAUGAGCAUGCGAUUGCUUAUGUAACAGGAGAUAAGUACCAUGGAGCAAAGGCAACCAUAAAUGUGUGGAACCCGAAGCUGGAAAACAAAUAUGAGUUCAGUCUGUCUCAACUUUAUAUUCUUGGAGGUCCUGCAGAAGUUCUCAAUACCAUCGAAGCUGGCUGGCAUGUAUAUCCAAUGUUGAAUGGAGAUUAUAAAACAAGACUAUUUACUUUCUGGACGGGUGACGGUUAUAAAUCAGGCUGCUACAACCUACAAUGCUCUGGGUUCGUUCAAGUCAACAAGGAGGUAGCAUUGGGAACCACCAUUUACCCCAUUUCUAGCUAUGGUGGACGCCAAUAUGAAAUCACUUUGUCUCUCUGGAAGGAUCCAAAAACGGGGAAUUGGUGGCUGCAGUAUGGGAAUCAAUCUCCAGUGGGGUACUGGCCUUCUUCCUUAUUCCCUCAUCUGUCUGAUAGUGCCUCAGAGAUACAAUGGGGAGGGGAGGUUGUGAACUUAUAUUCAAAAGGUCAGCACACCUCCACGGAGAUGGGCAGUGGCCAUUUCCCAGAAGAAGGUUUUGGCAAGGCGAGCUUCUUCAAAAACAUACGAAUAGUUGAUAAGUCCGACCAACUUCAAGCUCCUCGAGGGGUUCGCACUUUCGCUCCACAAGCCAACUGCUAUAAUGUGCACCAUAAGAACAAUGGUUACUUCUACUACGGGGGUCCUGGUAUAAAUCCUAAUUGUACAACGUAG